CUCGAUGCUUUCGCUACUCUCCGUCUAACAGUAGACCCUCAGCCUUUGAUCGAUGCAGCGACGGCCAGAAUCGAAGAGUUCACCCCAAUGCAGCUCGUCUCUGUUUGCUGUAGUCUGGCCAGAUUGAACAUACCCAACUUGAGUAUAAUCUCUAGGAGUGCUGAAGUGAUAUGCGAGAUGCUUCCUGAACAUCGGGACGAAGUCUUUGGUCAUGGACAAGACGUUGCUAUCGCCAUUUACUCAUUCGCUAAACUGAGAGCCUUGACCAAUCCCUCGCUAUGGCCCACCCUUCUGUCGUUGUUCCAUCACACAGUGGAUGGUAUGGUCGCAGCUCACCUCACAAUGUGUGUCACAGCCUUCAAGAGGGUUCGUGUCCAGUUAACGCCAUCUCUCGUCGCUGCAUUGAAUCGUCGAGCUAUGAAAGUGAUGGCGGAGUUCUCCGCUACGGGUUUGGCCUUGUUUCUGCGCGAUGUAGAGGUCGUGUCUGAAUCAUUGCUGUCCCGUGUGGUAAUGCAUCUACCAAGGCUACUCGAGAGUGCUAGUGCUGAGGAUGUGGCUGUACUCGUCAGGGAAGGCCUCCUCUCUGUUACAACUGCUCGGCCUCCUCCACUGGCCGUCCUUGAUGUACUACGCCCCUUCAUAAUACAGUUUGCAGGGAGCUUCACUGAUGUCCAGCGGUUGGGUAUAGUCGAGAGCUUAUUACAUCAUCACGGUGAAGAGGAGUCUGUGGUGGAAGUAUUGGAUACCUUCCGUAUGGUGGGGUACGUAGAUCCAACAUCGAGGGGCCUUUCAGUAUCUGAGAAGAUUAUCACCAUCGAGGAUGGUCCGGCUGUUGCCCAGCCUUUGUUGGCAUGAUGCAUCGUGAGUUUCUG